AGAGUAACAAUUUUUUUAAUUUUAAUCAGUAAACCUUUAUAUACCAGCAUUUAACACGGAUCGUUAACAAAUAUCCUAAGUUACGUUUACUAUUAUAAUAAUUACUUAUAUGCAUGUACAGUCCGACUUCUGAUAUCAUUUGAGUACUUACCCACAGUCAGAUUGCUGAAAAGGUUUUUGGAAAUAGAUAUCCAUAAAAAAAUGACAAAUGUGCGCACACCUUGUCAUACUAGUCACGAUGCGGAUAUUCAGUUAUCAAGUAUGAAGAGUUCUACUUCAAAGCCGCCCUUUACUACUACUACUACUACUACAACUACUACUGCAACUACUUCGACAAUGACAAGAACAACUAUUCCAGGAGAUAAUUUCAGUUGUUUAAAUCAAACAAUUAUCGAUAUAGAAAAUAUUUUGUACAAAAACUGUAUAGAACUUAAUCAACAUGAAGCUAAACUAAUCACACUGUUAGAAAGAUCCGAAGCAAUGGAAAAAAAUGCAAGACAAUUUAAGAAGGUCAAUAGAAAAUCCAAUCUAUCUAAAUUGAAACAACAUAAAUGCAUGCUGAAUUUAAUAGUUAUUGGACUAAUUAUAUUGAUAACCAUUAUGAUAUUCAUAUUCAUAAACCUUUAAAUGAAGAAGUUAUUUUACAUAGAAAGAUAAACUUGUUGUUUGAUUGUGAUUAUUCGUUAUGAAACAAUACGGAGCAUUUUACUUCUCUGAUA